AUGUAUCCCUCCACUCCAUUCGAAAGUCGCCCAACUUACAAAGCCUGGGACUGGGGUCGCUUCGACAUUCGCAAUAAUCUGUGGGCGAACGAGAUGGAUCGGCUCGCGCCUCGGGGGCGAACUGCGAACGGGUCCGGCUCAGUCGCCUAUAUGAACAUCACGGACAUGGCUCGACCACGGCCCGAUGCGCAUGACAUUAUGAGUCCAGGCUCUCCAGAUUGCUUGCACUGGCAAGUUCCUGGCGUGCCAAACGCUUGGGUCCAGAUGCUGUGGGACAUGGUCGGCGUCAUGGAUCUUACGAGAUGA